AUGUCGGAACCUCCCGCUAAGCGAUCAAAACCCUCCAGCGGUGCGAGCACUCCCGCUGAGAACCCCUACCUCGCCCACAUGAACGACAAGAACGGAUCCUCCUCGAGCAAUGGUGUCAAGAACCCGCUUGCCGGCCUUGUGCCGCGCAAGGUCACGGCUGACCAGGCCAAGGCGAUCAUGGACGCGGACGUGAACCCGUUCAAGGGCCUCGCGCCCUUCAGCGCGGGCUACCGCAAGAUCCUGGAGGUGCGCAAGAACCUGCCGGUGUACGACAAGAUGGACGAGUUCCUUAAGGUGUUCAGCAAGAACCAGAUCACGGUGAUGGAGGGCCAGACGGGAUCGGGCAAGACGACGCAGAUCCCGCAGUUCGUGUGCUACGCCGACAUGCCGCACCUCCGUGGCAAGAUGGUGGCGUGCACGCAGCCGCGUCGUGUUGCUGCGAUGAGUGUUGCGAAGCGUGUUGCCGACGAGAUGGACGCUCGGCAAGCAGGUCGGUUACAGCAUCCGUUUCGAGGACAUGACGGAGCCGGGAACGACCUUCCUCAAGUACAUGACGGACGUACGAUCAUUCUUGACGAGGCGCACGAGCGUACCCUCGCCACCGACAUUCUGAUGGGCCUUCUGAAGGACAUUGCGAAGCAGCGCCCGGAUCUCAAGAUCAUUGUCAUGUCCGCCACGCUUGAUGUCGACAAGUUCGCCAACUACUUCGGUGACAACCAGCCCGGUGGCAAGGCGCCGAUCGUCAAGGUGUCUGGACGUACCUUCCCCGUCGAGACCUUCUUCACGCAAGAGCCGGAGCAGGACUACGUUGAGGCAGCCAUCCGCACUGUGCUGUUCAUCCACCAGGCCGAGGACGAGGGUGACGUGCUCCUCUUCCUGACGGGUGAGGAAGAGAUUGAGGACGCGUGUCGAAAGAUCCGAGCCGAGGGAGAAGAGCUGGCGAACAAGGGCAUGGCUGGCCCGCUCCUUGUCGUGCCGCUGUACGCCUCUCUCCCGCCGCACCAGCAGCAGCGUAUUUUCGACCCCGCCCCGCCGCCGAGCCGCGACGGUCUACCCGGCCGCAAGGUCGUCGUGUCGACCAACAUUGCCGAGACGUCGCUCACAAUCGACGGUAUCGUGUAUGUCGUGGACCCGGGUUUCUGCAAGCAGAAGGUGUACAACCCGCGUAUCCGUGUCGAGUCGCUGCUCGUCACGCCGAUCUCGAAGGCGAGUGCGAACCAGCGUGCGGGCCGUGCCGGUCGUACGCGCCCGGGCAAGUGUUUCCGCCUCUACACCGAGAAGGACUUUGUCAAGGAGCUCGAGGACGCAACGCACCCCGAGAUCCUCCGCUCGAACCUGGCCAACACGGUGCUCGAGCUGCUGAAGCUGGGCAUCAAGGACCUGGUCCACUUCGACUACAUGGACGCGCCCGCGCCGGAGACGAUCAUGCGUGCGCUCGAGCUGCUGCACUACCUCGCCGCGCUCGACGACGAGGGCAACCUCACGCCGCUCGGCGAGAUCAUGGCCGACAUCCCGCUCGACCCGCAGCUGGCCAAGAUGCUGAUCGUCUCGCCCGAGUUCGGGUGCAGCAACGAGAUGCUCUCGCUCGCCGCCAUGCUGUCGGUGCCCAACGUCUUCCUCCGCCCCGCCAACCAGCGCAAGGAGGCCGACAUGGCCAAGGCGCAGUUUACGCACCCCGACGGCGACCACCUGACGCUCCUCAACGUGUACCACGCCUACAAGGCGAAUGGCGGCGACAAGAACUGGUGCUGGAACAACUACCUUAAUGCGCGCAGCUUGGUGCAGGCCGACAAUGUGCGCACGCAGCUGAAGCGCAACAUGGAGAAGUUUGACCUCGAGCUCGUGUCCACCGCGUUCGAGGACAAGAACUACUGGAACAACAUCCGGCAGGCGCUCACGUGCGGCUUCUUCAUGCAGGUCGCGCACAAGGAGGGCGAGCGCGGUUCCUACUCCACCAUCAAGGACAACCAGGUCGUCCGCCUCCACCUCUCCUGCGGCCUCGACCACACCCCCGAGUGGGUUCUGUACAACGAGUUUGUCCUCACCACCGCCAACUUUAUCCGUACCGUUACCGAGGUCCGUCCCGAGUGGCUCCUCGAGUACGCGCCCCAGUACUUUGACCCCGAGUCGUUCCCCGAGAAGUCGGAGGCUAGGCGCGCGCUUGAGCGCGUCAUCGCCAAGAAGUCGGGAAAGGUCCGCUCCAACGACAAGAAGGACAAGAAGAAGCGCAAGGAGCGCGCUUAA